AUGGAAGAUUACAAAGUUACGAGUACUUCAAUGAAUCAAAAGGAAUUUUUUUCCAAAGAUGAUGGAACUGAAAAGGUGGAUGAGGCAUAUUAUAGAAGUCUUAUUGGCUGCUUGAUGUAUUUGACUGCAACUAGGCCUGAUAUUCUGUAUGCACUGAAAUUUUUUUUGUCUCGGUUCAUAUAUUGUGCAAGUGAUUUACACUUGAGAGAAGCUAAAAGAAUUGUCAGAUACAUUAAGGGAACUAUCAACUAUGGUGUUAAGUUUCACAAAUGUCAGAAGUUUAGACUUAACAGAUUCUCCAAUAGUGAUUGGGGUGGUGCACUUGAUAUGAAGAGUACUUCAGGUUUCUGUUUCAAUCUUGGGUCGAAAGCUUUCUCUUAG